AUGUAUUCCCGGAGAGACCUAUCUUUGAAAAGCAAUCCUGUAAUUGAUAAAUUGGGAGCUGUUAUACCUACAUAUCCUGAUCUGGUUGUUUCUGAAUCAAAAGCAGGUUUGCAAUCUAUGAUUGAGAUUGGCAAGAAGUGUAAUUUUGUAUCCUUGUUGUCUGGUGAUGGUCGGAUGAAUUACCUUGAACGAAUUUCUGGGAGGCGAGUUGAAGUUAAGGAGAAGAUGUUUAGUAACAAGUACAUUCCGGUUUGUUGUUUACAUGUGCCUAUCUUCGGUGAAGAUUUUGAUGCUCUGUAUCUCCAGUCUCUGAUAACUACAUGUUCUGAAUUGUAUUCUAAAGACAUUCUUGAGAUGGUAGUGGUAGCAAAGAUGAAUCCUUUGGCCAAUUAUGAGGGGAUUUUCGAUCAUUUCUUGUCUGGGUUUCCUUCAUGGUGUCUUGCGGUACCAUUUGAGGACUCACAACACCGUGACUUUAUAUGCAGGUACCUUGACUUUCGUAAUUGUAGUAUUAAAUGUCUCCUUUUGAAUGCCGAGGGAACUGUUUUUCUCCAUGAACAUCCUAGCGUUGUACGGCAAUAUGGAGCUGAGGCCUUUCCCUUUACUCAAGAUUGUCUACCCGAACUUGAUGAACCUGACAUCCCAUUCUGGAAAACUUCCUCUACAUCCACGCUUGGGGGACUUUUGCAGUGCGAAUCCUCUUUUGUUCUUGGUAAAACUAAUCCAAAUCCAUCAUCAGGUGAAAGUGAGACGACUUGUAUCUCACAACUCCAAGGGAAGGUUGUUGGGUUAUACUUGUGUUGGGAAGGAAAUUUCAUUGGCAAGCUGCAUGACGUCUAUAAACACUGCAAAGAGAAGUCACUGGAGUUUGAAAUUGUGCUGGUUUACAUACCCUUUGGUGACUGUCUUGACCCUGAGUUAUUUAUAGCCAAAAUGAAUAGUUUGUUGCUGGGUUGUAACGCAUCUUGGUGGUGUUUUCCGUUCAACAACUCUGUAAGUCACAGAUUCAGGCGACUUGCCUUUGACUGCGGGGAGGAUAGGCUCAUCAUUAUGGGACCCAAUGAUCAAUAUGUAGACCCUUUUGGAAGAGAGGUGAUGGAGAUAUACAGAUGUGAUUCUUAUCCGUUCACUAGAGAGGUCCUUGUCGAAAGGGAAAUAAACAAGUUAAAGAAAGUUAACUUGGAGUCAUUGUUUCUUCAGUGUAAGGAUAGUUUUCUGGUGGAAAAACUCCGAGAAAGUCGUGGAACCUCAACUUCCUUUGAGGUGGUCUUUGUUCGCAUGAAAGACUAUGAUGAGGAUACUGCUUCAACCUUAUCUCCAUUAAUGCCUUGGUUGGUAUGCCCAUUUGAUGUUGUUCACUCAACUUUUGUUGAGAAGGAACUAUUCGGUGAGAGAGGAGUAUCUGAUACUAGUACCCUUGUCAGUUUUGAUAAAAAUGGCCGGCUUUGUUUACUUUUCGCUCAAGAAUGUCUAAAGACUGCAUUUCCAUUUGCUGAUAAUCUGCGCAAGGAUGUCAUUCUUCACCUCCAAAGUCUAUCUUACCAUGACUUCAUGGAUUAUUUUGAAUAA